AUGUUGGAGCUUCUCAAUCAACUCAAUGGUUUCUCAAAUGACAAGCAUAUCAAGGUCAUCACAGCUACCAACUGGAUCAAUAUCCUCGAUCCUGCACUACUUCAUUUGGGGCAUUUAGAUCGCAAGAUCAAAUUUCCAAUUCUGAACGAGACUGCUAGGGCACAUAUUCUUGAGAUCCAUUCCCGUAAAAUGACCAUCAGCCCCGAUGUCAAUUAUGAGGAACUUGCAUGCAGUUCUGAUGAGUUCAAUGGAGCACAGCUCAAGGUUACAUGUGUGGAAGCUGGUAUGGUCACUCUCAGGGAGGGUGCUAUGAAGGUAACCUAUGAACACUUCUUGAGUGGGAUUGCACUCAUGCAAAGCAAGAAGAACAAUCUUAUGUAUUUCAUGUGGUUCUAG